AUGGCUGGCCGAAUGUUAUUUCGUCGUCUGCAAAAUUGUUUUUCACCUAAUGCAGGGGCAUUCGUUUGCCUUGGAAAAAUACCUGCAUCCCCUUUAUCCACCUUGACAUCAAGAACUACAAGUGCACUUGAUACCUCUCAAAGGAAUGCUAACCGACAUGAAUUUGGACCUAACUUCUGCCAGCCAAGACGUACAAUGUUUAUCCAGACUCAGGAUACUCCCAACCCAAACAGCCUUAAAUUCUUGCCAGGAACCCAAGUUUUAGAAUCAGGAACCAUGGAUUUUCCUACAUUGGCUUCUGCACACUGUUCCCCACUUGCCAAGCAGUUAUUUCGAAUUGAAGGUGUCAAAUCUGUUUUUAUGGGUACAGAUUUUAUCACCAUCAACAAGAUUGAUGAAGACAUCAGUUGGAGUGUUAUCAAACCGCAUGUAUUUGCUGUUGUUAUGGAUUUUUUUGCAAGUGGUCUCCCUGUACUAACAGAGGAACAACCACCAUCAGAAACUAUCAUUAAUGAAGAUGACGACGAGACAGUGAUUAUGAUCAAGGAACUUCUAGAUACAAGGAUCCGUCCUACAGUACAAGAAGAUGGAGGAGACAUUGUUUUUGUGUCUUUUGAAGAUGGUAUAGUGAAACUGAAAAUGCAGGGUUCUUGUACAAGCUGCCCCAGCUCUGUAGUAACCUUGAAAAAUGGAGUCCAAAACAUGCUACAAUUCUAUAUUCCUGAGGUCAGAGAAGUAGAACAGGUAGAAGAUGAAGUGGAUGAAGUUUCCAGUCGUGAAUUCAGAAAACUAGAAGAGAAGCUUGGAGACGUCUGA